UGAUCGGAUUGUGCGCCAGGUUCCUUUAGGGCGACGGGAGCCAGAGAGAAGCUGCAGCUCCGGACCCGGUUACAGGAGCCCGAACCUGGAGGCUGCAGAGCUGAACGAUGCCUUUUCUCCUGGUUAAACGCGGAGUCUUCGGGGCUUUGCCUUCGUGCGGCGUCGUCUCCAUUCUCAGCGCGCUGCUGUUUGUCUGCACAGGUUCCGUCUCUGAUCCGUCCGUCGCCGUGGUUUCAGACCACGACGCAGAGCUGGUCCUGGAGUGUAGGAGUGGAGGCUGGUUCCCAGAGCCUGAGCUGCUGUGGCUGGACGCUGAGGGAAAGCUCCUCUCUGCUGGACCUACAGAGACAGUCAGAGGUUCUGAUGACCUCUAUACUGUCAGCAGCAGAGUGACUGUGGACAAGAGACACAGCAGCAGAUACACAUGCAGAGUCCAGCAGACCUCCUGCAGCCACUACAGGGAGGCUCACUUAACUAUGAAACAUGUUUCCUUGUUGGACCCACCUGAUUUACCGUGCGCCAUCCUGAUCACUCUUUUACCUUUGCUUGGCGGCAGCUUGGCCGCUUGUUUUUGGUGGAACAGGAGAAGAAGCCCUGCAGAACAGCUACAGAUCAACGUUGUACCUUUUGGUCGGAAGAAUGUGUUGCCUGUGAAGCCAAAUAAAAGUGAAGGUGAGCAGCGAUUCAUUCAGAAAAACCACACUGGGUUCAGCGCAGCCUCUCAGUCGAAGGAUGAGCAGCAGUUCUCACCCUGACAGCACAAAUCAGCUCCAUGUGAGCAUGUUACGCUGUAUGAGUGCUGUAAUAGACUGUAAACGUGUACAUAAACACACUGAUUGUUCUUAACUUUGCCAAACUAAACUCAGCACAAAUUGUAAAAACAAUCAGAAAACUGGAUAUUGGACAAAUCAUUUUUAGUAUAACGAUUUUAUUCGCUGCAUUAGAGCUGAUGGCAGUAAUGUGGAAUGACAUGAUGUAAUUAUUUGCAUAGUUGUUUCCAUUUAAAAACAAAAUAUUUUGAAGGUUGCAGCUUCACAGACUUGCUGAUUAAAAUAAUGAUGCUA